AUGAGCCAGCUGUCCUCUGGGUGCAAUACCUGGGUCAAUAACUUAGUCUGCCUUCACAAGUCUCUCCAACCUUCGAGCUUGAACAUUCAUAACUCUCAACACCCAACACACUUAGAAGAUGUCCUGAUGAGCACUGACCCCGAUGACUAUGCAACUCACAAUUACCUGGAUUUUGUUCAUAUGGCAUUUGACAUGUGGGGGCCAACCACAGACAACUUCAAGGGUGCAGCUAAAACAUUCGGACUUGGCCCAAUGUUUAUGGACAAAUUUAACAGUGACCAGUUCAGCAACCUACAGGCAUCAAAUCUGUACUACCCCUUCAACUCCCACAAUGAAUGGGAGCUGGCAUCAUGGUUACUUCAUUCAGGCCUGAGCAUGAGAGCUAUAGACUCUUUCUUGUCACUGUCAAUCAUAAGCCUGUCCCUAUUCUCUCCAAAGAUCAUUAUUGAUGUGUGCCAGAUACAGCUACUAAAUAUUUCCCUUCAUACAGCCAGAGCACUUUGUGGGCUGGCUGAGUUACUCCCUGGUGGGCCACACUGGUGCUCAAUGGAGAUUACUCCUUUGCAGCCAACCAAACACCCUGUGCACUUGUACCAGCAUGAUCCCCUGGAAUGCAUUGCAUGGCUCCUCAACCACCCUUUGUUCUCUGACCAGCUUGAUUUCAUUCCAAGGCAUGUAUACAAUACACCCAAGAAGCUUUGUAGGGUGUAUACAGAGUGGAUGACUGCUGAUGAUGCUUGGUGUAUGCAGUCACAGCUUCUGAGUGGAGCAACUCUUCUUGGCAUGAUACUUUCUUCAGACAAGACAAAUAUUACUUCUGUAUGUGGUGGCAGAGUUGCUCAUCCACUUCUUGUCAGCCUAGCAAAUAUC